AUGACCAAUUUCUCUGAGGUGACUUCUGUACACCUAUCUGUUUACUAUGGCAUGGAGGAUCUGAAGCCGAUGUACUUCUGCAUUUUCCUGAUCAUAUACAUCGCCAUUGUUGCCGAAAAUGUGGCAUUAAUCGGAGUGGUGUAUCGUGAGAAGACGCUGCAUGAGCCGAUGUAUCUGCUGGUGUGUAACCUGGCUGCCAACGGUCUGUAUGGAAGCACCGCUUUGCUGCCUGCUUUACUGAGCAACAUACUGUCACACUCACAUGAGAUAUCCCUACCACUCUGCCAAACACAAAUCUAUGCCAUACACACAUAUGCCAUCACUGAAUUCACAAUUUUGGCAGUGAUGAGUUAUGACAGGUACGUGGCUGUUUGUUACCCAUUGCAUUAUCAUACAAUCAUGUCACAGAGGCUUGUUAAACUCAUAGUUUUCACGUGGCUUUAUCCCUUGUUGGCAUUUCUCAUUGUUUUGAUUUUCACUGUGCGGCUGCAGAUCUGUGGGAGAAGCAUAGAGCAGGUGUACUGUUUGAAUUACCUGCUGGUCAGACUCGCCUGUUCUGAUUCAUCUGUUGCAAGCUUGGUUGGCUUACUGUCUGUACCGCUAUAUACAGUUCCACAGAUUAUCAUGAUCUUUUAUUCAUAUGCACACAUCCUGAGGAUAUGUAUAUUGUCAUUCACCAAAUCCAAGUUCAAAGCCUUCCGGACUUGCACCCCCCACCUGCUUGCAAUAAUCAACUACAGCAUCGGGUGUUUCUUUGAAAUAGCACAAAGUCGAUUCAAUUUAAGUCACCUGCCUUACCAAAGCAAGCUGUUUUUAUCUCUGUACUUUUUGAUAUUCCCGCCGAUUCUGAAUCCAGCAAUCUACGGUUUGAGUAUUCAGCUCAUAAGGGUGCAACUGUUGAGGCUUUUCAGCAGAAAAAGCAGGCAAGUGACGAAUACAGCAGCAAAGGGGGCUGCUGUUGCUGCACACUGA